UUGCGCGAAGGAAACGUCAAGCUCUUUAGGUGGGGGCCACGAGGACGAAGCUCGCGCUUGGUAGUCCACAGCUGUCGCUUAGGCUGGCUUAAGCAAAGAUGGCUACCAUGUUGUCGCGGACGAUCUCGCUCGCGGAGGGUCUCUGCCGAUUGAACGGUCCUAAGAUAUUGAUGUGCAAAACUAACUUGGUGAAACAACCAGCCAGGAAUUUAAAUGUUCACGAACAUAUUAGCUACAGUUUGCUCAAUGAAGCUGGUGUACCUACUCCGAAAUUUGGCGUUGCCAAGACUGCCGAUGAGGCGGCCAAACUUGCUGCCGACUUGAAAACGAAAGAUAUUGUCUUGAAGGCUCAAGUUCUCGCUGGCGGCAGAGGAAAGGGUCACUUUAAAGGAACGAAUAUCAGUGGAGUGAAGAUGUGUGAAACUCCAGAAGAAGCUAAGUUAUUAGCAAGUCAAAUGCUGGGUAACUUAUUAAUCACUAAACAGACCGGCGAAGCCGGUAGGAUAUGUAAUGCCGUGAUGGUCACGCAACGCAUGUUUCCUCGUAAAGAAUACUAUCUUGCAGUCAUGAUGGAAAGAGCCUUUGGUGGUCCCAUCAUUAUAGCUUCCAGCCAAGGUGGGGUAAAUAUCGAGGAAGUUGCUGCUACGAAUCCUAGUGCCAUCAUGUACGAACCUAUUGACAUCAAUAAGGGAAUUACGAAGGAGCAGGCGGAACGCAUAGUUAACAAACUUGGUCUCGAUAAUGUGAAGGAUUACAUUUCCAAAAUGAUUAUAAAUCUUUACCAAAUGUUCCUCAAAAAGGAUGCCGUUCUUGUGGAAGUGAAUCCUCUUGCCGAAGACAUUAAUGGGAACUAUUUUGCUCUGGAUUGCAAAUGUCGAUUCGAUGACAACGCCGAGUUCAGGCAAAAGGAACUGUUUAGUCUCAGGGAUUGGUCUCAGGAGGAUCAGAAGGAAGUUGAAGCUGCGAAAUUUGAUUUGAAUUAUAUUGCGCUCGAUGGCAAUAUAGGUUGCAUGGUGAAUGGAGCUGGAUUAGCUAUGGCUACGAUGGAUAUCAUAAAAUUACAUGGUGGUGAACCAGCUAAUUUCCUCGAUGUUGGUGGUGGUGCAUCAACUGCUGCAGUGAAAGAAGCAUUCAAAAUCAUUACCUCUGAUUCACGAGUUCACGCUCUUUUAGUUAAUAUUUUUGGAGGCAUCAUGAGAUGCGACGUCAUAGCAGAGGGCAUUAUUGCUGCGACUAAGGAAUUAAGCUUAAAAAUUCCCGUCGUCGUAAGAUUGCAGGGUACCAACGUGGACGAAGCCAAAGCUCUGAUCGCCAAUGCGGGUUUAAAAAUCGUGCCAAUCGAUGAUUUGGAUGAAGCAGCCCGAGUUGCAGUGAAAUUAUCGACCAUUGUUAAAUUAGCGCAAUCUGAAAAUCUCAGUGUAAAUUUCGAAAUACCGGCAAUUUCUUAGAUGGUGAAAAAAAUAUAUAAUUGAUGCAAUGUUAUUGAAGAAUAUUGACGAGAAUAUACUCAAUGUUGUUAAAAUAUUUCACAAGAAAUCAUCUGAGUAAAAUCACCUAAAAAUAAUAACUGCAAUAAUAACUUCAUACAUGUAAUAAUGUAUUCUCGUUAUGGAGUAACAUUUCAAACACAAUUUUUUGAUUCCUUGUGUAAUUUGUAGAAUGAAAAUUAGUAUAUAUAGCCUUGAAUACGUCUAUAUAAUAAACGCGAUAUUAACAUUGAUAUGACCAUUGAUAUUAAAAUUUCAAAAACAGGCAAACUGUUGAUGAAUUAAUAUGUGUAAGUGAUAUAAUCAAUUUUUCUUUUUACUACAGAUGCAAACGUUUAUAAUACUAUAAAACUAUGCAGGAUAUUAUUCAGAGAUAUUAUUUAUCAUUUGUCCUACGGUAAGGCUCUGUGAUUCAGUAUUAAGAUAUUAAGUUGUGUAAUAUAAUACCUAUCUUUCCUUUUGAGCAAUCACAUUACAUAAAGCAGUGUGUUUAAAGAUAAUGAAGUGUUACACAUACAUAUACAGAUACACACGCGUUUAUUCAUUUUAAGGUGGAAUUUUACGACAACCAUUCCCAUGUGGAAAAUAAAGGGCUUUAUUUAAUGUAACAUAUGCAUGUAGCGAUAUAAUAUAUAUAUAUAUAUAUAUAUAUAAAAUACUGAAUUAUAUAUAUAUAUAAUACAUAAAUUAUUUUACAUAAUUUUCGCUUCGUUCCUUCAAUGACCAAAUCGUAUUCCUGAGUAUGGUACUAAUGUCAGGAGAUAAUUUUACGAUUAUGCAAUAGGUCGUCGAAGAAUUAUAUAUACAUUAUAUAUAUAUUUAUUCUCUUUGUGAACUCGUCAAAUUGUAUUUAUGAUAAAACCAUCGAUGAUUUUGCCAGUAUCAAGUAUCAUAAGUGCUUUAAAAAUUUCUGUAAAUACAUUGGGCAUUGCUUGCUUUUUUAAAUCGUUAAAUAAGGAGACGUAAAACACGACUUGCGAUUCUCGAAAUCCUGUAUUUGUUAAACUAAUUAUUUAAUUCGAAAUACUUCUACUUGUCACCUACAGAUAAUAAAAUUAUAGAAUUAA